AUGAGUGAUAAUGAUGAUUCUGGCGCAAUAAAAGGAAUCGCUAGUUUUCAACGACGAUCAGUUAGUGUUGGAGAUUCUCCACUACAAAUGAUUGAAGCUACUGAACUUGAAACUAUUGUUGAUGAUCCAAUAACAGACUAUAGUCAAUAUAUAAUAAAAUGUGAAGGUGAUGGUUAUAUGUGUUCUCCGUUACCACAAUGUAGCAAUCGACCGCUAGCAAGAACAUACUGUUAA